UUGCCUGCUUGUUGACCGGACUGGAAACGAUACUGAGGCGAAAAUAAGAGCUGAGGCAGACUACUGCCCGUGCACCGCGUAGGCUAAUAGCGACUCAUUCCCAAAUUCAACAUGCUGACGGGGUGUUAGCUUUUAUGAUUGGUCGCUGGCUUUGCAUUUCACAUUACAGAGGACGCGAGAAACGUAUCUGUUGAAGUCGCUGCUCCGGACCUCUGUUGUCAGGUAGUCUCCAUAAAACAGCUGACAAAGGAUGGAAUUCAAACAUCUAGUUGAUAUAGCCGAGAAAUGGUCUUCCGGGAACCCGUUUGAUCUCAUAGCGACAGAGGAGACGAAUGAGAGGCGGUUGGAUUUCUAUGCAGAACCGGGACUGUCGUUCUAUGUCCUGUGUCCAGACAUGAAUGGUGGUGCUGACAAUUUUCAUGUGUGGAGUGAAAGUGAGGACUGUUUGCCCUUCCUGCAACUGGCCCAGGACUACAUCUCCUCAUGUGGGAAGAAAACCCUGUUGGAGAUACUGAACAAGGUGUUCAGAUCCUUCAGGCCACUCCUGGGUCUUCCUGACACUGAUGAUGACACCUUCGCAGAUCGCCAUGCAGACAUGGAGGAGGAGCCUGAGGCUGAACACCAACAGAUGGGUGUCAGCCAGCAGUGAUGGCCCAAUCCUCUGUGGCCCCAAUUCUCGGCAGGGCAAUGCUCCAUAUAUACCACUUCCUAUGCCUGCAUGCAUCCUCACAAAGGAAUGCCUGCUUGAACUGCAUCCACAUUGACCUUUUAACUCUGAACUGCAACAGUUUUGAGUAAUUGGGCCUCAGUCAGCUUCUUCCUCAGCUCCUUAAAUACACACAAGCCUUGUUGAUCAGGGGACAGUCAUUAGAUUGAUGCAUCCUUUUUCAUUUACUGAUUUUCAGACAAUGUACUGGGAGUUAUUCAUUGUCAGGGGUGUUAGAUAUGUCAGGAUGCUACUUGUUCUGAUUUCAGUUUGUCUUAAAUGGUCAAUAAGUAUGACACUGGCAGAACUGGAUUCUGAUUGGUGCUAGCCCGGCUUGAUCAUUGAUUGCUUUACUGAGUUUCUGUGAACCACGUUCCAGAACAUGCUGAAUGAAAAUAAAAAUGUCAUAAAAAUGUUGUAGACCCAACAUGGAGAUAGAAAGAAAUGGAGAGAGGUGGGGGGGGGGAUGAUGGGGGCAUCCUCAUCAUGACUAUAUAAAUUAUAGGUGAAUAUGGGUAAGAUUUAUGUUGCAAUGGGGACCAGUGGUGUGCACUGCCACAGUAGUGAAGUAAAGUAUCCAGUAUAUAUAUUAUAUAUUUACUGACAAAUUGAUCAAAGGCAAUACAGAAUAUCCAUGCAUCAUUGAUUUAAGUAACUGAAGAAAAUUCCUUUAAAUUCAGCCUCAGUCUGUAUAAUAUACCUUACAUGUAUAAACAGCGAAUAUGAUUCCCUCAGUGUGUGCACUGACUUAAAUGGAAAAUAACAAAAAGUUAAAAUCUUUGUAGGAUCUACAAAGUAACAGAGAGAUUCUUCUUUAACCUGUUUGACUGCUAAGCCAUUUCCUGACAACACUGGGUAGCAAAAUUAAAACUAUUGCACAAAAACAUGAAUCAAGCACUCCUCAAAGAGAUGUGCACCUUGACUAAAACAUUUAAAGGAAACAUCCACAGAGAAAAAAGGACUUGAAAUAUCUUUUUUUCUUUUUCUUUUAAAAGGCUGAUGCCUUUGUUUGUAAAUUCAGUGGCACAGUGAAGUAUUCAUCGCUGGCUUUCUCUCUCCCUUUGUGAAGUAGUUUUGACUCUUUUUAUGAUUCCUCCCUGUUUGCUCCCAAUUAUCAAUGUUCAAAUUGUGAAAUUCUUACAUAAUUCUGUGCUUAAAUGCAUUUUUACACAAUCCAACCUUGGCUCACUAUUCACUUAGUUUUCAGUCUUUUUAUUUUAUACAAAUGAUUUAUUUUCAGUGACCAGAUGUCUACAUUUCAGCAUAUAGCACUGCUGAUUUCAGCUGUAGGACUAUCAAUUAACCUGUAAAAUGUAACCUCUUUUUUUAAAGGCAAUCAUUUGCCACUGUACAUUUACAGAAAUGAAAAGCAUUUGUUGUCUUAGAGCUGAUAUUAUUAAAGUUAUUUCAAUUAA